AUACGAGUGAGUGCAUUAGGGAUACAGCUGCAAGCUGCAUUCAGCCCAACAUCAUGUCCAACAAGGAAUCAUCCGCUCCUUCCCCAGCUCCUAGCUCUCUAAGUCCCUAUCUCGAUGCUGUGGCCAACAUAUUCCACCCCGUGGCGAGCCCAGUCCUCAACUCGUACAAUCUUUUUCACGGCUGGAAAGAGAGCAUGGGUUUGGUACAACCUGGAACUGCAGAGAACUUGACCAAGGAGGUCCAACAGGUUCACCUCGCCAACUGGUUUUUCGACGGAGCACGAGCAGAUAUAUCCAAAGUCGUCUCUGCCAGUCCGGCUUUCCAGCUCACUCACACUUUCUCCCUUGGAUCUAGUAGCAGACCGCCUGCAUACAAUUUUGGUGCAAUCUUUGCCAAUGCCAACACCUUUCUGCAUGGAAGUGUGGACGGACAGGGACAAGUAACGGCCAGAGCCAAUCAGACAUGGUCUCCUCAUGACAUUUCAAAACUACAAGCACAACUCACCAACAAACCUGCUCAAACCAUGGUCCAAAUCGAACAUGAUCAUCUCGCUCCUCAUUACACCUUUUCACUAAAAUCUAUGAACCCAGGACUUCUAGAUGGUACUGGUAUACACUUCGUCUCUCUUUUACACUCCAUAGGUCCCCGUCUCUCUCUCGGUUUCGAGACUAUCAUCCAAAACACAUCGGUGUCAAAGCUAGAAACAUCGACUUCUUACCUCGCCAAACUCACUUCUCUCCCUGAUCGUUCAGCCGCCGCUUCAGCUGCUCUAUCACCUCUUGGGGGUCCACCCAUCGCUCAACCAUUCUCACCAUCUUGGAUCGCCACUGCACAAUUGCAACCAUCAGGAAACGUUCAGGCGACAUACUAUCAGAAAAUGAGCGACAAAGUUGACGUGGCUCUGGAUCUUCAGACCAACUUCCAACCUGCCAGCCCGUUGGGACCCAGUCAGCGUGGAGCCACGGCCACAUUAGGAGCAAAAUAUGACUUCCGACCGGCGACUUUCAGAGCACAGGUGGAUAGUAAUAUGAAAGUUGGCAUGCUGCUAGAGCAACGGUUCACGCCUGCUUUUGCGUUCCUUGUAGGAGGGGAGAUUGAUCACGCCAGGAACACAUCUCGAUUCGGUGUUGGUAUCCAAAUCGAGUCUACAACCAUGACACAGGAGGAGAUGAUGGCGGCUGGGAUGAUACAAUAGCGGGGUGGUCGAAUAUCUGGAGGAAUGUAUUGGAGCCUAGCGGAAGUAGAGGACUGCUCUCAUGGUGGACAAUAUACCAUCACCUGGCAGCUAACCCAUCUCUGCGGCCUGCGGCCAAACUUUGGCUUGUAAGGAUUAUAUCGCAUGCAUCUCUCACAAUUC